AGCCAGUUUCCAGUUAGAGGAACUUGCCCAUUUUUUUCGUCGCCGUUGCGGACGGCGAGAUCCAUUUGUGUGCGGGAGAUGACAAUGACAGAUUGCCCGAACAUGGCCGAAAUGCAGCCGUUCCCGCAGCAGGUCCUUGUCGGUAUACUGGUGCCCGCAGGUCAGGUCCCGGCGAUGAACUUCCCGGCGCAGAACUUCCAGGCGAUGGCGGCCCCUGCCUUUUAUGCCAAGCCUGAAUACCUCUACGUGCCGCAACAAUUGCCGGUGCCCAUGCAGGAGAGCAGCAGCCAUGACAGCUUGCAGGUGACACCUCGCAGCCCAGUAAGGCAGUACUCCCCGGAGACGGCGGACACCGCAGACACGGCCGAGCGCCCGCGUCUCAGCACCUCCGCGGCCCGGCGCAUGCGCCGGAAGCGCGCGGCGGAGCGCGCGGCCUUAGCGCUGGAGCAGCAGCGGGCGGAGCGGGCGCCCAACCCGAAGGUGCGGAGUGACUCCAUCAGCUCGAUCUUGGAGCAGAGCGAGAGGCUUCGGCAGCAGUUGGCCAGCGGAAUCGCUGACGAAGUUCAGGAAGCACUGGCCACGGUCCAGGGCCACGUUUGGCAGUUGUCCCAGCAUGCCACAGGAUGCCGACUGGUACAGCUCGCCUUGGACACCCACAUGGCCCCGCUGCUGGCGCGGGAGUUGCACGGCCACGUGCAGGAAGCUGCGGUGUCCCCGCACGCCAACUACGUCGUGCAGAAGGUGGUGAGCUCCCUGACCUUCGCCGCCUCCAGCUUCGUGGCCCGGGAGCUGCUGGGCUCCUGUGCUCGCCUGGCCAGGCACCGCUACGCCUGCCGCAUUUUCUGCCGCCUCUUGGAGUUCUGCGGUCAGCGUGACCUCACGCUCCAGCUCAUCGAUGAGCUUUUGGAGGAAUGCGAGGACCUUUGCCGCCACAACUUCGGGCACCACGUGGUGCAGAGCGUGCUGGAGCACGGCCACGAGAGGCACCGCAAGGUGGUGGCGGAUGUUCUGAAGUCUGACCUGCUCAGCUUCGCCAAGCACCGGAACGCCAGCUAUUUGGUGGAGAAGGCUUUGACCUAUUGCGCGCCCCAGGAUCAACACGCCUUGCUGGCGCAGCUGGGCCGCACGGAGGUCAUCGUAGACCUGGCGCGGUCCCAAUUCGGGUGCUACGUGGCCAAGAGCCUCUUGCAGGACGAGCGAGUGACGGGCAAAGAAGCGCUUUUCAGGAUUCAGGCCUCGUCCAACGAUUUCCAGAGGACUCGCCACGGUCAGCGCUUGCUGGUGGAGAUGGGCUUGGCAGAGGACCGAGAGUAGAGCCUGGCAGUAUGCGACUGCAGACUGACUCUUCCAGCACUAGAGGCAUGAUUUGCACCUUCUGCAACAUGACAGAUGGACACUCAUUAUGCCUCCGGUUUUAAGCAGAAUGGCAGGAAUUGGUUGCAUGGAGUUUUCUCACGCCACACCGCGGAGUUUUCACCUCAAAAAGGUGGUGUUGCACAGUUUGUUUGCGCCACUCCUCUUUCAAGGCCGGCAUGCUUCCGGGCUUGAGGUUAUUUAUUGCCGGUCUGGCCUUAAUUUCCGAACUUCGGCGCACAGAAGCCUGGAAGCACGCUUCCGCCGGUGGCAUUUUGAGGAACGCCGUAAGCCGAGGUUGCAAAGGAAUUGUCGUUA